AGGAGGUGGGAACUACGAGGGGGCCCGAGGGGCCCGCCUAGUACCGCCACCUGGACUCAGGAAGAAAAUCCUCAGGAGGCGACCUGCAGACUGAGCUGGCUGAGAGGGCGAGAGCCCGUUCACGCCCACCCUGGGCGCCUACCCCCAGUGUUCCCGGAUGCACUGGCUCCCAGUGCCUGCCCUUUCGCCAUUUCUCCAUCGGCAUGAAUCCUGGAGCGGUAGGUAGCAAUGCUUAAGAGUCCAGGCGGCCUCGUGUUCUCUUGCUGCCACUACGCAGGAAGCGCCAGUGAUGGUUUUGCUGUGUGAACUCUGUGGGCACCCAAAUCCGGGUAGUACAACUCGCUUCCUAAAACAGAGCCUGACCCUCCUGUACUGCCAAGCGGGAGGCGAUCAGUGUCUUUCGAAAGACAGACUCUUAAAAGUACUUAAAAGAAGUCCGUGCUUGAAUUGAGGUUUGAUUAACACAUUGCUUCCCCGACCAUCUCAGCCCGCUGAACCCCCGAAACUAGAAUUCGUGCACGUCCUUUUCGCUUCCAGGUCAUCCACGGGGAGGCAGCCGCCGCCGUAAUUCUUGUCAGACCCUCACUGCCAGUUUCAGGGAAGUGCAUGCAGCUGACUAGUCGGCGGGACGCGAAGGCGUGCGGAGCGCGAGGAGGCGAGCCCAACGGACCUUUUCGGGGAACCUCCUAGUCGGCGGAAACAUUGCUGCGGGCGCCUUUCCGGGCAAUUGUUAGGGUCAGAUCGGGGGUCCGUCAGGUGAAUGAUUAAAAGUUGUUACCUAGAGGAGGAACUGGGGGAAAGGAGGGCUGGCUUUCGGAGGUGGGCUGAAAACUACAAAACGGAGCUUCUUGGGAAUGCCUUUUAGCCCGACAGGAAGUGGAACGUCACCGAAGGGGAGGGGCGGCCACUCGGGGACCGUCUGCUCCGGGCGCUCACUUUGCGGGCGGCGCUUCUUCCAGGUUAUCUCUCGGCGAAUGAGGCAGGGUAGAUGCACGAUGCUUGGUUUAAAAAAAAGACAAAAAUGAGCAAGCGAGAGGCCCCUUCCGUUUUAUGAUACCCAAGCUGCAAGCAAAUAAAUCGGCUGGCCCCUCUGCAAUCUUCUGCACUCGAGUGCCAAGAGAACCUGUUCCUAUCAAUCACUGAGGCCAUAAGGAAAUAUUUUUUUCAAAUUUAACUUUAACACAAUGAGCCAUCUUCUGCCAUAUGAGACCCCUGCAUUGCCAUAAAGCCACCGCCAAAGAAGACCCUCACUAGAUGUGUUCCCUGGACUUUGGAUUUCCCAGCCUCUGAAACUAUAAGCAGUGUUGCCACAUCUGCAAGCUUCCUGGGAAAGUAAUGGGGAUUCGAGUGCUUCGUUUCUCUUUGGUGGUCAUCCUUGUAUUACUACUGGUAGCUGGAGCUUUGACCGCUUUACUUCCCAGUAUCAAAGAAGACAAGAUGCUUACUCUGCGUAGGGAAAUAAAAUCCCAGGGCAAGUCCACCCUGGAUUCCUUUACUCUCAUAAUGCAAACAUACAAUAGAACAGAUCUCUUAUUAAGACUUUUAAAUCAUUAUCAGGCAGUACCACAUCUGCACAAAGUAAUUGUAGUUUGGAACAAUGUUGGGGAAAAAGGACCAGAUGAGUUAUGGAAUUCUCUAGGGCCUCACCCUGUCCCUGUGAUCUUCAAACUACAGACAGCAAACAGAAUGAGAAAUCGACUCCAGGCCUUCCCUGAAGUGGAAACCAAUGCGGUGUUCAUGGUAGACGAUGACACUAUCAUUAGUGCCCAGGAUCUUGUUUUUGCUUUCUCAGUUUGGCAGCAAUUUCCUGAUCAAAUUGUGGGAUUCGUUCCUAGAAAGCAUGUCUCUACUUCAUCAGGUAUCUACAGUUAUGGAGGUUUUGAACUACAAAUACCAGGGUUUGGAAAUGGUGACCAGUACUCGAUGGUGCUGAUUGGAGCUUCAUUUUUCAAUAGCAAGUAUCUUCAACUGUUUCAGAGGCAACCCACAGCCGUCCAUGCUUUGAUAGAUGAAACUCAAAACUGUGAUGAUAUUGUCAUGAAUUUUCUCAUUGCCAAGCACAUUGGGAAGACUUCAGGGAUAUUUGUGAAACCUGUGAACAUGCGCAAUUUGGAAAAAGAAACCAACGGUGGCUAUUCUGGAAUGUGGCAUCGAGCUGAGCACUUUCCUCAGAGGUCUUACUGUAUAAAUAAGCUUGUUAAUAUCUAUGAUAGCAUGCCCUUAAAAUACUCCAACAUUAUGAUUUCCCAGUUUGGUUUUCCUUAUGCCAACCACUUAAGUAAAAUGGGAAAGUAAAACAAACAAAAACAAAUGGGAAAACUGCUUGGUAUUUGAACACCUUCUUCAUGCUAUGUAGUUUUUUUUGUUGUUGUUGUUGUUUUUAAGCUACGUUAUGGACUUUCAUCUACCCUAGAAGUCUCUAUAAUAGAAAAAAUAUGCAGCUCUUCUAAGAUAUAAAAUUCAUGUUAACUUCAAAAAACAAAAUUCAUGUUAACUUCAAAAACCAAAAAGUUGAACUUAUUCAUAUAGACAGACCUUCUUGUGAAGAGUUUUCAUCCAGGGAUAUAAUUCCUCGGUCAGCAGUUUAUUGUUUACAUCUUAAGACUGCUCUACAAUUUCUUUGACUCAUGACAUUUGCCUUAAAGGACCUACAGCAAGCUGUUUUCCAGGAUCAGAAACUCAAGAGUCUUUUCUCAGCUUUUUCACUAAAGGUUGAUUGUUUCAAUUUGAAGCCUGAAAUGCCUCUUUAGCAAAAGCCUGUGGUAUAGGGAAAAGCCAUGUGAGGAGAGGAUAGUCUCAAUCCCAUAUGAAAACAAGAAGAAAAUUUGUGGCUACCAGUCUUCCCUUGUGGCCCUUGCAACCAGCUCUUCCAGGACUAACUCAGCCCGGCAUGGUUUUGAUGCAACUAUCAGUGCUUUUAUUUUUAAGUCUGUUGUGCCUGGGGCGUUCAUUUUAGGAGCUGAAGGACAACUAGUUGUUUGCUUGAUUUUUGUUUACUGCAUGGAUCAUAAAAACGCAGCCUGUGUUUCUUAUAUGCAGCAAAGAGAAAAUGUGUUACUAGAUUCAGAUAGUGUAUAUUGUCACUGAAUCUAACCUUAAGAAUGUACAUUCUUAUAUUUUACAUAAAGUAUGUGUUGUUUAAGAAAUGUGUAUAAAAUAGAUUUUGAAAGAAUGAUUAAGGAGAAACUGAUAGAAGUUAAAACCCUUAGUAUUAAAAGAUCUUUAUUGUUAAAGCGUAGGUUAUUCUCAUGGCUUCUAAAAAGGCGUGUGUAUUACACACAAAGUCAAAUGCUUGUAUUUAGAACAUAUUUUUUUCCCACAAAAAUAUUUUUUCCACAGUACUAUUCAUCAUGAUGAAAUUUCAAUUACAUAGAUACAAGAAAAAAUAAGAACUGAGUCAUAGCAAAAGAAUUCUAUAGUCUGUAUUAGUGUGUUGCCCACUCUCUGUUAUGCGAAUUAGUAUAUGUUUUCCACCCAUUGUCUGUGUUUAGUCCUUGUUCACUACUGGGGGCAAAGACUACUUGCCUCUGUCUGCCACCCUCUCUUCUACCCUCUCCUCUCCCGCCUCCUUACAUCAUGCCAGUAUAUUCUCAAAAUUGCAGUCGUGAGAAUAUUAAAAUAAUCAUGGUUAAUGUUUCAGUAAUGAGGUCUUUGUGCAGUUAGUUCAGUAUAUGUUGUUUUUUACAUUAAAGUGUGUGUGUAUCUUAGUGCAGUCAGAUAAAACAGCCAAAAGAACUUGGAACCUCACUAAAAAUCAAUAAUGUCAAUUAUCUGCUUUGUCCAACCUUAGUGGUACUUUUCUUGCAUCUUGGGAUUCUGCUGGCAGAUAAAUAAACUUUUAC